UAACUUUCUUUCCUACCAUUUUAUUUCAUUUUAUUUUGUUCUUUCCAUUUUAUCAACCUAGACAUUCUAUCACAUCACAUCCUAUUUUCUCUCUUUUCCCCAGUGACCAAUACCAAACAGACACCUCAGUCAUGGUGACAUUCUGCUGGUUGUUUCCAAACAAUGACUUUUACCCCCGAAUUCGUAAACAAUCCAAACGAGGGUUAGAAUUACUUGGCCUGUCGGAUUAAGCCAUAACGCCACCACAGUCCCCGGCGAACUAUUCCUGGGUUUGUUAUCUUUUCGAUCUUUACUUUCAAAUAUGGCAAAGGGAACAAGCUCAAAACUGAACAUCGCAAUAAUUCACCCGGAUCUUGGCAUAGGUGGAGCUGAGAGAUUGAUUGUGGAUGCUGCUGUUGAGCUUGCAUCCCAGGGCCAUAAAGUUCAUGUUUUUACUGCACAUCAUGACAAAAGUAGAUGCUUUGAAGAAACUGUUGCUGGUACCUUUCCAGUCACUGUGUAUGGUUCAUUUCUUCCUCGUCAUGUGUUCUACCGUCUUCAUGCGUUGUGUGCAUACCUUCGGUGCCUAUUUGUUGCUCUCUGUGUACUUUUCAUGUGGCAUUCAUUUGAUGUUGUACUGGCAGAUCAAGUCUCUGUAGUUAUUCCUAUUUUCAAACUCAAAAGGUCAAUAAAGGUUGUAUUCUAUUGUCAUUUUCCGGACUUGUUACUGGCUCAACAUUCAACUUUCAUUAGGAGGAUGUAUAGAAAACCAAUUGACUAUGUAGAAGAGAUAACGACUGGUUUAACUUUAUAUCCAUACUUUAUUAAUGGGGAGACACAUGCCUCAAUCAAUCGUCUCUAACAACCAUGUCUCUCUUGAUGAAACUAUGUGUCAAGUUGAUAAACACUUGUUCAGACCUUGGUGAUGACCGCUAUGGACGAUGCUUUCUUUCAAGAAAUCUAUGUUUCUCCUCAAAUGUUUCUUGUCAUUCUUGAAGAACCAUGUAUUGAAUAAGAAGCUUUAAAGAAAA